UACAUGCUCUAGGUGGCGAUGCUUCUGAAAAAUAGAAGUAAAGUAGGAGGAGUUGCAUAUAGUAGGUCUAUUGAUUUUCAAUGUUUUGCUCUUUCGGAUGAGAACGCUUGUCAUAAGAACUAGCUACAUAAAAUACCAGUUAUUUUGCCGUCUCCAUGCGCGCAGCUUGUUUUGCCAUGCGCAUUCAGACGGUACUGCACUGUGUCUAGCAUGAGCUAGCUAGUAGCCUAAUAGCUAACAUUAGCGAAGAUUAAUUACGGUUUGCGUUGUCUUUAAGCACAAGUAUUUAUUAUUUUGUCAAAAUGUCUGUAGUCUUCGUACCAAAAAGACUAAGAGGGAAAGCGAAAAUCAACCAGGAAACAAUACAAAGAUUAUUGGACGAAAAUGACCAGCUGGUGCGGUGUAUAACAGAAUACAUGCAAAAAGGAAGAGCUAUGGAAUGUGUACAGUAUCAACAAAUAUUGCAUCGUAACAUCGUUUAUUUGGGAACAAUUGCAGAUGCCAGUCCGGAUUUGGUUUCAAACUCAAACACAUCCGGCAAAAACGUAGAACCAUCAGAAUGUAACUCCCUGAAUGGACAGCACGGGACAGUUGACAUCAAAGACUUAAUUCCUUGAUGAUGCAUGAUUGACACCGUCAACAAUCUCCCACACCCUACUAUUUUCUACCUGUGCCAUUUCAUUGUUCACGUACAAUUAUUUUCAGGUCACCAUGCAAAAACGUUAUUCACCAUUGUGAAUCCCAUUGUUAGUAACUGGUAUAAUAAACGUUACUUGUAUUCAAACCGUA